AUGGAUUAAAAUUAUAUAGCUCCAGAUGCAUGUGUCCUUGAGAUGGACUCUGAAGUUUAUAUUCACAACAUUAAAGAAUUGAGAGUUUCGACAGGUGAUAAAGUCAAAAUCUGUGCUGUUAUGAAGGCAGAUGCUUAUGGACAUGGAAUUGAAGUUAUGAUGGAUACUUUUGUGAAAUCAAUAGUCGAAUAUAUUAGUGCUAUUGACAAUUAUGAAUUUAGAAUCUUGUAAAAAUGGUUUAAAGAACACAAUGUUCAACAUGUUAGAUUACUUAGGAUUGCACCAGACACCAAAGAAGAAUUAAUAGAAUUUAUCAUUAAUAAUUGGGAUGUAGAGGAAGUCUUUGGAUCAUUAGAAAAAGGCCAAUAUUUCUCAAAAAUUAGUUCUGAGAUAUCCAGAAACUUGGAAGAGAAUUGA